AUCACAGGCUAAUGCAGCUUCCCAGCAUGCCAUUAAUCUCCGUCUGUGGACCGUCUGACCGUCACCCUGGUUGCCUCCAUCCGUCCUCUCACCCGAAGGACUCCGAGCCGGACCUGAUGGAUCUGAUCUCUGGGUGUCAUCAGUAACGUUAGCGGGAUGAAAGCGACAUAGUGAUUAAGGGAGCAUCUCCUCCUCCUCCUCCUCCUCUUCCUCGUCCUUCACUUUUGCACCAGCGGAGCUUGGCUUUCACUCUCCCACCGGCGGAGAUAUGAGGAAUCCAGUGGCCGAUGUAGCCCUGACAUUCUGGCUAUUUCUAGAGUGUGUAGAAGCCAAAAAGUACUGCUGGUAUUUUGAAGGCGGAUACCCCAUCUACUUCAUAUGUCGCUCCUAUGAGGACUGCUGUGGGACUCGCUGCUGUGUUAGAGCCCUGUCCAUCCAGAGACUAUGGUACUUCUGGGUGCUGCUGAUGAUGGGAGUAUUGUUCUGCUGCGGUGCUGGCUUCUUUGUCCGCAGAAGGAUGUAUCCGUCCCCUCUGAGAGACGAGCCAGCCUUCAACGUCUCCUUCACCAGGCACCCUGUCACCACACCAGUUUCCCAGCAGCCAGGGAGUAUGCAGGGCUUUGGGGUCAACGGAAUGACAGGUAACGACCCAGGGGUUACCAUGACACACCCGGCAUACCCGGCACAGCCUGGCUCCGCCCACAUGAUGAUGGGCUCCUACCCUCCACCUCCAUCCUACUGCAACCACCCGCCUCCGUCCUACGAACAAAUAUUUCAAAACAGCGACAAGAAGUAACAU